GUGCGCGUCAAGUCGCCGUCGUCGUCGUCGUCGUCGUCGUCGUCAUCAUCACCUGUGCGGCUGCCGGUGUGCUGUCUGGCUGGAGCCCAAAGUUUGUCGAAACGAGCGCGCGUUCAGGAGCUCAGUUUAGAUCUAGACUCGGUCUAGUGCGGUUUGGUUUUUGUUUUUUCGUUCGCCAAUUUUGCCCACGGAAGUUACCUGUGAGGGGGGUUCGUUGCUGCUUUCGAAUCGGUUCGAUUGUUGGAGUUGAGUCGCGCAGGACUUUGGGGAGUGCAAAAACUAACGAACGUGUGCAAGUGCUCGAGGGUGUUGAUUUUGAGAGGUGAUUCAAAGUGCUGCUCGUCUGGGUUUUGCUGGUACAAGUGGGCGGCGAAAGAUAUCAUCAGCAAGCUGCUUAAUCUGCUUUUGAUGCGUGCAGUGUUUUGUGAAGGGCAAAUAUAAUAAAAAAGGUUGCUGAUAAAAAAACGCGAAGCCAAGACACACCACAGUCGCAAAAAAAAAUCCCCCCACCAAACAACCGUUCCAGCUAAACGCGAACACCACCCGCUAAAAAAACAAAACCAUGCGCCAGGGUAGCCGGUUAGACCGCUUCUGGAUUGCGCUGACCCGCAAGAAACGCAACGAAGAUGACGGAAGUGAUUCCCAGCUGGCGCGAGUCCUGUCGCUGCUCGAUCUAACCGGUUUGGGGGUGGGCAGUACCCUCGGGCUCGGGGUGUACGUUCUGGCCGGAUCGGUUGCCUACGAGCAGGCCGGACCGGCUGUGGUCAUUUCGUUCCUGGUGGCGGCUGUCGCCUCGGCCAUUGCUGCCCUCUGCUAUGCGGAAUUUGCGGCCCGGGUGCCCAAGGCCGGCUCCGCCUACAUCUACAGCUACGUCAGUAUCGGCGAGUUUGCGGCAUUUACGAUCGGAUGGAACCUUAUUUUGGAAUAUGUCAUAGGUACGUCCAGCGUGGCCCGGGGGAUGAGCGGCUACAUAGAUGAACUGUCUGGCAAUAAAAUCAGCACUGCCCUGAAGGACACCAUGGGCAUGAACGUGGACUUCCUGUCGGACUAUCCGGACUUUUUCUCCUUCGUGGUGGUGCUCAUUCUGGCCGCCCUGCUGGCGUACGGCGUCAAGGAAUCCACUCUGAUGAACAACAUUUUCACCGGGGUGAAUUUGUGCGUUAUCGCGAUCGUGCUGGUAGCCGGUGGCAUGAACUGUGAUCCAGCCAACUGGCGCAUCAAGCCAGAGGACUUCCCCGAAGGUGUUGAAGCUGGUGCAGGAGGAUUUGCGCCCUAUGGGUUCGCGGGUAUCAUGGCCGGCGCAGCCAAAUGCUUCUACGGUUUUGUAGGAUUUGAUUGCAUAGCCACCACCGGAGAGGAAGCUAAGAACCCAAGUCGUAACAUCCCGCUAGCCAUUGUGAUCUCCCUGAUCAUCAUUUUCUUGGCCUAUUUCGGUAUUUCCACGGUGUUAACCAUGGCGUUGCCAUACUAUCUACAAAAUCCGGACGCCCCCUUCCCGCAUCUAUUCGAGCAGCUCGAAUGGCACGCAAUCAAGUGGAUCGUGUCGAUCGGUGCCAUUUUCGCUCUCUGCACCAGCUUGUUGGGAGCCAUGUUCCCCCUGCCACGUGUCCUGUAUGCCAUGUCCUCGGAUGGAAUCAUCUACAAAAAACUGCGCACGGUUCAUCCGAAAACGCAAACCCCCGUGCUGGCAACAAUUCUGGCCGGAUUACUGGCCGCAACCAUGGCGAUGCUGUUCAACUUGCAGCAACUGAUCGAUAUGAUGUCGAUCGGUACCCUGCUGGCUUACACGAUCGUCGCCGUUAGUGUUCUGGUGCUGAGGUACGAGGAUCAAACGCUUCUGCAAAGUACGACGGUUACGAUACCUAACGUAUUCCGACAGCUGUUCAACGUAGACAAACUGAAGGAUCCGAGCUCGCUGUCGUCGGGAAUCGUUAAAGUUGGCAUUUGCCUGUUUGCCGUCCUGGUCUGCGCCGUCUGUUCGCUCCUGGUUUUGGCAACGGAUGAACUCAACACCGAAUAUCCCGGAACGAUCGCAGCCAUCUCGGUGCUGGGUGCCUUCAUGGUGCUCCUGAUCAUCAUCACCGCUCUCCAACCGACCGAGAGCACCAAACUGACGUUCAAGGUGCCUCUGGUUCCGCUGCUGCCCAUGUUGAGUGUGUUCUUCAACCUGUACCUGAUGUUCCAGCUGGAUGCCGGAACGUGGAUUCGGUUUGCCGUGUGGAUCGUGAUCGGUUACCUGAUCUACUUCACGUACGGAAUCAAACACUCCGUCGAGGGUGCGCUUGCCAAGAAGGCGUCCGUCAACGAGAAUGGAACUACCGUGACGACGGUGAAGAACGGAAUCGACAACAGUGCCUUCGAUGCCAGCCACGACAAGUUCGUGUCGACGGUGGCGCCGGUUGAGAAUGGCAAGCGGAGUUCCAAGAAUUCCUACUCACUCAACAACGAAUAGCUAGGGGGAGGGGAUAUGGCGCGGCGCCAGCAAGGCAGACCCCAGACAAGAGGCAUUUCCUUCGUACACACUUGACGAUAUUUAGCGGUUAAGUACAAACUACCAAGAGAGUAUGUUAUAGAUUUGUUCAUUAAUAUCAGCUCUCUCGAAUCGAUUUUACUUUGAUCAGGAGCGUUUGCCGUUACACUGCACAGUGGUCUAGUGGAGAGAGUUAACGAAGAUGGAUGAACCGACUAUCAGAUAGUGAAAUUUUAGAUGAAUCUGUUUGUAACUUUUUUGAUCAGUAUACUGACCUCUGCCAUCUCUUGAAAUAAGCAAUACAUACUAAUUUUUAGUAUUAACAAUCCUUCUGAAACUUUAAAACUUUUUUUAUUCUUUAUAUUUUUCUCAGAGGGGGUUUUUCAUAGCGUCGAAUGAUCUAGAGACUUUUUCAAUAUCUUAAUAGAAAUCUGUUUGCUAAAGACAGUGUUGCCAUUUUUUGAUUUUUUAUCCGUUUUCCGUUCAUUUAAAUAAUGAGAUAUAAUUCCAUAUAUAUUUUCAACCACUAGUAUAAUAACUUAUUUCGUAAGAGGUAGUCUCAGUAUAACAAUUUUGCACAUCUGGUAGUUCGAGUCAUCUUCCUCAUACAGUUUAUCUACUAGACGAAUAGACCAGCAGGAUGUUUCAUGUGUAUUAUAGAGAUUAGGAUUCAUGGUAUUUUUUGUUCAUAAUUAAAAAAAAAAUACCAGACUAGAUAGAGGAACCAGACGCUUAGUGAUAUUGAAAAGUAUUUUACCCCCCAAGUCCGGUCGCGAGUAUGAUGGAUUGGAAAGAAAGUUCAAUUCGUUCAUCCGAUACAGAAUGUGCUGUGAGGCGAAACAGAAACAAUGCUUGUGAUAAAAAGAAUUUAGUGGUACGAUUUUUAUUUUAUCAAUCUAAUCGAUAAAUCAAGACAAUAUUUUAAGCCAGAGAAAAAAAGGAACAAAAGUGGAGCCUAAUUAAAAAAAACGACGUACACCAGACACCUGAACCAGAUUGUGUCCAAAGUUUGUAAUUGAGCAAAGCCUAAUAAAUCAAGAUUAACAGUAA